GGGCGGGGGCGGGCUCCGGGGAAGGAGGAGGACGAGGAGGAAGAUGGCGGCGCCUGGCCUGGCCUGAGGCCUGGUCUGUGUCUGUGAGGCGGGAAAGAAGGCGGAGGGAAGAGGACGGAGAGAGAGAGAGAGAGAGAGAGAGAGGACGUGAGAGUUCUCUGGAGCCACCCCUGCCGUGAUGGGAAACGAACCAGCUUCUAGUCGAUAUUAAGGCAUUUGGAAACCAAAGUGCAGUAAGGAAACCAGUCCUCUAGGAAAAAGGAUUCCUCUCAAGGGUCUGAUCUUGCUGAAUUCCUACAUUCACUUUGGAUUCUAGAGUAGAACCAUAGAGUCGGAAGAGACUGCAGGAGGCACCCAGUCCAGGCCUCUGCCGUGCAGGAAAAGCGCAAAGUACCCCUGACAGAUGAGCAUCUAGCCUCUGUUUAAAGGAUUCCAAAGGAGCCUCCACUACACUCUGAGGCAGAGAGUUCCACUGCUGAACAGCUCUUACAGUCAGGAAGUUCUUAAUGUUCAGAUGGAAUCUACUUUCCUGUAAUUUGAACCCACUGCUGUGAGUGAUCAGAAAGGGAAAAACAAGAAUCAAGUGUCCAUAUUGGAAUUAAAUGUACAUAGCACUGUUGACAUGGAGGAAAAAGCAUAUAAAUGUAUUGAAUGUGGAAAGAGCUUUAGUCAUCAUGGAAACCUGAAUAGACAUCAAAGGACUCACACUGGGGAGAAAUCCUAUAAAUGCCUGGAGUGUGGACAGAGCUUCACUCAGAGUUCAGGUCUACGUUCACAUCAAAGGACUCACACUGGGGAGAAACCCUAUAACUGUCUGGAGUGUGGACAGAGCUUCACUCAGAAGGGACACUUACAUACACAUCAAAGAACUCACACUAGGGAGAAACCCUAUAACUGCCUGGAGUGUGGACAGAGCUUUACUCAGAAGGGAAGCUUACAUACACAUCAAAGAACUCACACUGGGGAGAAACCCUAUAACUGCCUGGAGUGUGGACAGAGCUUUGCUCAUAGUUCAGCACUAUAUUCACAUCAAAGGACCCACACUGGGGAGAAACCCUAUAAAUGCCUGGACUGUGGACAGAGCUUCACUCAGAAGGGACACUUACAUACACAUCAAAGAACUCACACUGGGGAGAAACCCUAUAACUGCCUGGAGUGUGGACAGAGCUUUGCUCAUAGUUCAGCACUAUAUUCACAUCAAAGGACCCACACUGGGGAGAAACCCUAUAAAUGCCUGGAGUGUGGACAGAGCUUCACUCAGAAGGGACACUUACAUACACAUCAAAGAACUCACACUGGGGAGAAACCCUAUAACUGCCUGGAGUGUGGACAGAGCUUCACUCAGAAGGGAAGCUUACAUAGACAUCAAAGAACUCACACUGGGGAGAAACCCUUUAAAUGCCUGGAGUGUGGACAGAGCUUUGGUCGUAGUUCAGGACUACGUUCACAUCAAAGGACCCACACUGGGGAGAAACCCUAUAAAUGCCUGGAGUGUGGACAGAGCUUCACUCAGAAGGGAAGCUUACAUACGCAUCAAAGGACUCACACUGGGGAGAAACCCUAUAACUGCCUGGAGUGUGGACAGAGUUUUGCUCAUAGUUUAGGACUACGUUCACAUCAAAGAACUCACACUGGGGAGGAACCCUAUAACUGCCUGGAGUGUGGACAGAGCUUUACUCAGAAGGGACACUUACAUACACAUCAAAGGACUCACACUGGGGAGAAACCAUAUAAAUGCCUGGAGUGUGGACAGAGCUUCACUCAGAAGGGACACUUACAUACACAUCAAAGGACUCACACUGGGGAGAAACCAUAUAAAUGCCUGGAGUGUGGACAGAGCUUUGCUCGUAGUUCAGGACUACGUUCACAUCAAAGGACUCACACUGGGGAGAAACCAUAUAACUGCCUGGAGUGUGGACAGAGCUUCACUCAGAAGGGACACUUACAUACACAUCAAAGGACUCACACUGGGGAGAAACCAUAUAAAUGCCUGGAGUGUGGACAGAGCUUUGCUCAGAGUUCAGGACUACGUUCACAUCAAAGGACUCACACUGGGGAGAAACCAUAUAAAUGCCUGGAGUGUGGACAGAGCUUUGCUCGAAGUUCAGGACUACGUUCCCAUGAAAGGACUCACACUGGGCACAAACCAUAGAAAUGCAUGGAGUGUGUACAGAGCUUUUCAUGGAAUAAGAUUAUACAUAGACAUCAUAGAAUUCACCCUGGAGAGAAUGGUAUUAAUUGACACCAGAGUGUCAUUCUAACAUGUACAAAAGCAACUCUUGCAAAUUUUGGAAGUGCAAGCUCAAAGUUGGGACAUUUCAUCACAUGUGGUGUAUUGUAGAAAUAUUGAACUAAAAUACAGUGUUCCCUCACUUAUCCCGGGGGUUAGGUUCCAGGACCACCCGCAAUAAGUGAAAAUCCGCGAAGUAGGGAUGCUAUAUAUUUCUACAUUAUUUUAGUAGUUAUACACUAUUUUAAGUCUUUAUCAAGAAAUCAUGUGUUGAUAAAUUGCCUCCUUCUCCUCUUGUUGCCGCUUGGGCUCCUUUUCUCUCCCUUCGGCUUCUCCUUCCUCCCUUCCUCAGGCUGUAAAUUGUAAUUUUUUAUGAUUUAUAAUAUUCUUUUAGAGUUUAUUGAAAAACCGCGAAACAGAGAAUUUGCAAACAGUGAAACACAAAGUAGUGAGGGAACUCUGUACGUUCCAUUCUGGAAGUAAUUAUAUUAUCUAAGGGGCGUAGAAUAAUGAGAAAUAAUAAUUAACAGAUAGUCACGUAUCCAUGUCUGUUUGUUAGUUCAGUUGUGUGUCUAUGUAGGUAACUCGUUAGUCUGUUUCUUGUUUAGUUUUGUAUCUCAUGUAGUAGUUAGUUUAAUGUGCAGUUGAAGCAUUAUAUAUAAUUUCUGCCUUUUUGGUAUUGUUGCUUUUAA